AUGCCCCUUCGUCUUGACAUCACGAAGAAGCUCUAUGCCCGCUCGGACCGGGUGAAGGCUGUGGACUUCCACCCGACCGAGCCCUGGGUCCUGGCCUGUCUGUACAAUGGCCAGGCCUUGAUUUGGAACUUCGAGACUCAGACCCUGCUGAAGACCUUCGAGGUGUCUGAGCUCCCCGUUCGCACCGGUUGCUUCAUCGCGCGCAAGAACUGGAUCGUCGUCGGUGCCGAUGAUAUGCACAUCCGCGUGUUCAACUACAACACCCUGGAGAAGGUGACCACCUUCGAGGGGCACAUGGAUUACAUUCGGUCGAUUGCCGUGCACCCCACCCUGCCGAUUGUCCUGUCCUCCUCCGACGACAUGACCAUCCGCGCGUGGGACUGGGAAAAGGGCUGGCGCAACUUCCAGACCUUCGAGGGCCACAGCCACUAUGUCAUGCAGGUGGUGUUCAACCCCCGCGAUCCGUCGACCUUCGCCUCGGCCUCGCUCGACCGCACCAUCAAGGUGUGGCAGAUCGGCGCCGCGGUGCCGAACUUCACUCUGGAGGGCCACGAGCGAGGCGUCAACUGCCUGGAUUUCUACCCCGGCAGCGAUCGCCCGCUCUUGAUCUCCGGCGCGGAUGACAUGCAAAUCAAGGUCUGGGAUCUGCACUCCAAGUCCCCGAUCCAAACCUUGCGCGGACACACGCAGAACCUGUCCGUGGUCACCUUCCACCCGACCCUGCCGCUGAUCAUCAGUGGCAGUGAGGAUGGCACCGUGCGCCUCUGGCACUCGCACACCUUCCGCCUGGAGAACACCCUGAGCUAUGGGCUGGAGCGCGUGUGGGCCAUCGCCACUCGCCCGGGCAACAACGACGUGGCCAUCGGCUUCGACGAGGGCACUGUCGUGCUCAAGUUCCAUCUUGCCGAGAAGGCCCUCAUGCGGGCCGGCGACCUGCCCGGUCUGCUGAUGUAUUACAAUGCAUGCGGCAAUGAGGAGGGCCUGCGCAAGGUGGCCCGCCUGGCUGAGGAGGCCGAAUCCACCAACGUGGCCUUUGCGGCCAACUGGGUGACGCACAACCUGGUCGAUUGCGCGCAGAUCCUCCUGGACACCGGCCGCGAGGCUGAGGCCGCCAUGCUGGCGCGUACCUACCGCCCGGACCUGGUCGAUCACUGCCUGGACCACUGGAAGUCGGUGCUGUCCAUCACGCACCCGCGGGUGGCUGGGUCUCUGGCCCGGCCGGAUGCCGUGGCCUUCGGCUCGGCCAACGCCGCCCCCCCCGCCGGUCACCUCUCGUCGAGGGGCGACCGCCAGGCCGAGACCCCCUCCCUGGACACGGAGACCCUUUCUAUCCGGAGCACCGAGUCGGGCUCCUCCUCGACGGCGCACUCGCCCACCCUGGAGGACAUGCCCCGCAGCGGCGGCGUGUCCCCGACCGCGGAUCUCGCUUCGUAUUCGCGCCAGGCGCAGCCGCUUGACGGCGGCUUCUCCGCCAGCGGGGCAGGGUCGCCGGGCAUGCCAGGUGCCGGCGCUGCCACCCCGCUGACGACCGGCCUGGAGGACCGGCUGGCGGCCCUGCCGAUGGUGGCCCCGCCGCCGGCGGCCGGCGAAGCACGCGCCCCCUUCGCCAUGCCUACCUUCGCCAGCGGCGGCUCCGGGGCGGUGGCGGCCUCCUCCUCUUCGUCCCCCUCCUCGCCGGGGCUCAGCCGCGGUGGUAGCCCCGGCGGCGGUUCGCCUCUCGUAACCGCGGCCCAGCCGCCGGGCACCUCCUCCAGUCCGCUCUUCACAGGCCUCCAGCCGUCGGCAUCGCCGUCCUCGGCCUCGCCCUUCGGCGUGGCGGCCGGCUCGCCGGUGGCUCCUGGCCCUGGCAGCCCCGGCAACCGGUCCCCUGCUGCCCCCGCCGCCCAGUGGAGCAACCCUGCUUCGCCCUUCUCCACCACGGACGACUUCGACUUCUAA